GAAAACAGCCGCCGCUGCCGAGGAGCCCGUCCGUGUUCUUGUUAUGUGGCGGCAGGAAGAAGCCCGCCGUCCUCGCGCCUGUAAACGACGUCGAGUGGAGCCUCGGGACAAGGACAGACAGGCCAUGGCGGCUCAUUAAGACCGGGAGACUGAGCAGGUGUGAACGCUUGUGAUCGGACAGCAUGGCCUCCCAGGAACCGUCGCCUCCGUCGUCCAUGGAGAGCAACAAGCCGGGCUUCCCCAAGAAGAUCCUGGGCAACAAGCUGGAGGACAAGCACCUGUGCAAGUGCUGCCACAACAUCCUCAGACGACCCUUCCAGGCGCAGUGCGGCCAUCGCUUCUGCUCGUACUGCUUCAACCUGGCCAUCAGUAACGGACCGCAGAAAUGCAACGCCUGCAUCAAGGAGGACAUUUUUGAAGAGACCACGUCCAUCCUGAAACAAGGAUGUGCGUUUCCCGACAACGCGGUUCGACGGGAAGUGGAAAACCUGACCGCUGUAUGCGUUAAUGAAAGCUGCUCUUGGAGAGGAUCUGUCAAAGAGUAUGAGGUGAACCACGAGGGCAAGUGCGAGUUCAUGAUUGUGCCGUGCCCGUCCUGCAAGGAGCGCAUUCGCUUCAACGAGCAGGAACGGCACAGCGAGCGCGAGUGCCCGGAGAGGACGCUCAACUGCAAGUACUGCAAGGAACCCUUUCACUUCAAGAACAUCAAGGCCCACGAUGAGAUCUGCCCCAAGUACCCGAUGAUCUGCGAAGGCUGCGCCAAAAAGAAGAUACCCAGGGAGAAGUACGUGGACCACAUCAAGUUCUGCAGCAAGUUCAGGAUGCCGUGUCGCUUUCACGUCGUGGGCUGCGACAUGUCGGUGGAGAAGGAGAAGACUCACGAGCACGAGCGGGCCUUUGCCUACGAGCACUUGAACCUGCUGCUGCACUAUAUCAUGGGCAUGAAGGUGAGCAUGGAGGGGCUGCAGCCGCAGGGUCUGGAGGUGGCGGGACACAAACUGCUGGAACUGCAGCAGUCCCUCCGAGAACUGGAGGCUCGAGUCUCCCAGCUCAGCACCGCCUCCUCCGGGCCUCCCGUGCAGGGAGCCGCCGCCUCGUCCUCGUCCCCUUCCUCCGGCCCCCCCCCGGCCCCGCCUCCCGCCCCGGCCCCCACCCUAUCCGUGUCGACCUCCUUCACGCCGCUGCCCAGCUCGGUGGGCGCGGCCCUGGAGCUGCAGCUCCACAGCGAGAAGACCAAGGUGGCCGAGCUGGGCCGCCGCUGCACCGAGCUGGAGGUGAAGGCGGCCACCUUUGAGAACGUGGUGUGCGUCCUCAACAGAGAGGUGGAGCGCUUCGCCACCACCGUGGAGGCCGCUAACCGCCAGCACAAGCUGGACCAGGACAAGAUCGAGGCCCUGAGUAACAAGGUGCGGCAGCUGGAGAGGACGGUGGGUCUGAAGGACCUGACGGUAGCCGAGAUGGAGGGCCGCCUUCGAGAAAUGUCCGCCACCACCUUCGACGGCGUCUUUGUGUGGAGGAUCUCGGAUUUUGCCAAGAAGAGGCAGGACGCCGUCGCCGGCCGAGCCCCCGCCAUGUUCUCGCCAGCCUUCUACACCAGCAAGUACGGCUACAAGAUGUGUCUGCGCAUCUACCUGAACGGGGACGGGACGGGGCGCGGCAGCCACUUGUCCUUGUUCUUCGUGGUGAUGCGGGGCCUGAGCGACGCCCUGCUCAAGUGGCCCUUCAACCAGAAGGUGACCCUGAUGCUGCUGGACCAGAGCAACCGGGAGCACAUCAUCGACGCCUUCCGGCCCGACGUCACCUCGUCGUCCUUCCAGCGUCCGGUGAGCGAGAUGAACAUAGCCAGCGGCUGCCCGCUCUUCUGCCCCUUCUCCAAGCUGGAUGCCAAGAACUCCUACAUCCGCGACGACACCAUCUUCAUCAAGGCCAUCGUGGACCUCACCGGGCUCUAGAGGGCGGGGGGCGGAGUCACGCCGGCUACUCAAGUUUGGAUGACCGGACCGGGGUCUUCGUUUUUUGCUGCGAGGUAAUCCCCCUUCCGGGGUGCCGCGAUUACGCCGUCCUUCUGCCGCAAACGUGCGCCCCGGCGCCGCCGCCGCCAUUGCGGCCGCAACGUCCUGCCACCCGCUGUUACGUUUCGGGGACGCGGCCGGGGACGUUGAGGACUGCGCGGGGAAAGUUGGGUGCCGGGAUAUCGUCAGUGUAGUUAGUUCGCGCGUGGGGGUGGGGGGGUGGUAUGGGGGUGUCUUCUGCUUCUUCUUCUUGAGAUUGUCGGUGUCGUGAGCCUCUCUGGUCUGGUGUUGAGUACAUUUUGCAUAGACAAACGUGGAAUGACGUGAUCAACAAGGCUCCCCCUUCUUCUUUCGUUUCCCCCCCCCCCCCCCCCCCUAAGCGCCACGUGCAUGCUUGUCGGCCCCCUCACGUCCGUUGAAGCGACGCCGCCGUUAGUUCUCACCUGCUUGUGUUGUGUAGACGAGGGCGCUUCUCAAACUGGGGUCCUCGGACUUCCGAGGGUCCGCAGGCAGAAACCUGAUAUUGUUUCGUGCCACACCUUACGGCCAUAUUGAAUUAAAUAUUGAUUUGGAUCCCACCGAGUUGCGAUGAUGAGCGGCACAUCGGAAAGAGUUCUCCCCUGUAAAGAGUUCGUAGGCCUAAAGAGUUUGAGAAUCGCUCGUUUCGAAGCAGGUGUCCCUUUUCGUGUAAAGAUUGCGCUGGUUCCGACUCGGGGAGGCGGGGUCAGAAGGGGUGAGAAGGGGGGGGGGGGCUUUGCGACCGGAGCUUUGUUACAUCUGUGGAAGAUACAGUGGAGUGAGCGAGGUGUCCGAGGCGCAGGCCUGACAUUGUGACCCCUACAAUGACACUCGCUGGCUCGCAUCUCGACAGGUGGCGCAAUUCCCUCCCCUCCCACGCCUGCCCCCCCACUCACCGAGAGAAGGAACGUUGUUUUCUUGUGCGUCCAAAAUGUGAUGUGUGCGCCGCUCGCCGAGUCGGCGUUUCGCUAUGAUUCCGAUAGUUUGUGGGUGCACGUGUACAGAAAGAGGCGCUCGACAUUGUUAUUGCGUCAACACUCUCGAUUCACGGGACUUGGGGACCAAGCGGAGCGAACGAAGCGCCUCAAAACACUUCAACAUAGUUCCAUGGCAUCAAAAUGCCACAAGAUGGCAGCAAAGCACUUUUUUUGUGUAUAAUUGAAGCGCCUCAAUUUAUUCCAGCAUAGCUCCUUGGCACCAAGAUGGUGCCAAAGCACUACUUUUGUCCAAAAGAUGCGCCUCAACCCACACGAAUAGGCGGAGGGUUCACCGCAAAUGUACAGAAAGACAAGUCGCCGUGGUUGCGCCGACCAAACGGGCCCUUCAAGCUUGCGAGUCGGACUGCUUUUUGAGUCUUUGGAGGGGGUCCCGCUGGCCUGUUUUCAAACCAGUCUUGACCGCUAUUGAAGCCUCUCUGUGCAUGGGAGACUUUAAUUGGGAAAAAAAAAUCACCUCGAGCGGCCCCGCGCCGGCCCCCGCCGUUGCCGCCGCCUUUAUUUCUAUUUGUUUGGAGGAGAAUACGCUAGAAUAGCUAUUAUGUUAUAUCCGGCCGCGCCCGUCGCGACGCACCGGCCUAUAUAGUGCUGAAAGCAACGUAUAAAAUAGGCAUUUUCCAUGUCAUAAAUCGAUAUAUAAACGCCGCGCGUCCGUGUGGACGUGCGGCGGCUGUUAUAAUAAGUCUAGUAUUACCCAAUACGCUAUGAAUUCUAUAUCUCUGUAUCCGUUUUUUUGGGGUUCGCUGAAGAUGGUUGAAAACAGGCCAGAAAUGAUUCCCACGGCGCGGCGCGAGUCCCGCCGGAGUGCGAUAGGACGCUUUUUAGGGGUCUGCGGGGGUCGCCCCGCGCAACUUAGCGCUAUUUGUUGCCGCUGCGCCAAUCUACUUUGAACUUUUCCCAUUUCAAUAUGCCGGCGGAAAUGACGCAAAAGGACUUUUCUUCUUGUGCUCUGUGUGGCUUGACGGUGUCUUCUUAGCUGAAGGGAAAAGCAAGCAUGUAACCAAGUAACCAUUACAGGAGUCGGGGGCUGGGGGGGGUGUAUAUUAUGAUAAGCUUUCGUGUCGUGCCAAACUCAAGAUAUGACCUCCAUGUUGUAAUGCAAGGUGUUUCUUCAUAUGUUGCCAAAUGAUUAUUUCAACUUCAGCUGCUGUUAGCGCGCGCGUGUGUAUGAACACAUGGGCCACUUCUGAUCAAGACUAUAAGAAAAAAAAAACUACUGGUAAGUGGCCGCCACCAAACUCUCCUCUCCAUAUUCACAUUCAUGUAACGCGAAUGUAAAAAAAACAUAGAAAGUCAACACGUGUGCGCGUCUUUUGGGAUGCGGUCGACAGGAAAGCAACUUGUCUUAUUUUUGCACUUGGCGUUGGUUGCGUGUUCAAACAGGGUCUUUUUCUCGGUGUACCUCGAAGGCAGGAGCCAUACGAGUAUUCCGCUGUUGAUACUUGAUGUGUUUUAAAGCUCAGAAGAAGCCGGCGGUCUGUAAUAAAGUUUGGUGAUUUGA